GCCUGUGUGUGGUUUGUGACCCUGCUGGCUUACAUUCCAGUGCAGCUAUUCAAGGAUGAGAUGAAGCAUCCCUGUUUAAUCCCACCUGGGACCAACAGCAGCCAGACCAGCACUCUAACAUUCUUUCUGGGUGGUUUUCCAGCAUGGGAAUCCACUUGGAUAUGGUCUGCUGUUCUCCUCUGCUCUGUGUACCUCCUGGUGCUGCUGGGGAACUGGACCAUCCUUGCCAUAAUUAAGGCAGAGCAGAGUCUCCAUGCACCCAUGUAUCUACUCCUUGCCAUGCUAGCUGUGGCUGACCUGGGCUUGUCCACAUCUGUGUUCCCAACCAUGCUGAGGAUGCUGUGGCUGGAGGCCAGAGAGAUCAGCUUCAGCACCUGCUUUUCCCAAAUGUUCUUCAUUCACAGCUUCACAGAUAUUGAAUCUGCCACCAUUCUGGCAAUGGCCUUUGAUCGUUACGUGGCCAUCUGCCACCCCCUACGAUAUUCCUCCAUCCUCACCAACUCAGUGAUCACCAAGAUAUGUGUGGCAAUUGUCAUAAGAACCAUCCUCUUCCAGUUCCCACUCCCGAUCCUACUGACCCGGCUGUGUUUCUCCACGGCCAGCAAGCUCUCCCAUCCCUACUGCUUGCAUCCAGAUAUCAUCAAACACGCAGACUCUGACACAAAGAUCAACAGCGCCUGUGGCCUUUUUGUGCUACUCUCCACACUGGGUUUGGACUUACUCUUUGUGCUCCUGUCCUAUCUUCUGAUCCUUAAGACCGUCCUGAACAUUGCAACUUGGAGAGAGCGUCUCAAAGCCCUCAACACCUGCAUCUCCCAUGUCUGUGCUGUCCUGCUCUUCUUUAUCCCCAUGAUCUGCCUCUCCAUGAUGCACCGGUUCGGCAAACACGUGUCCCCCCAGGUCUACACUUUCACAGCCAACCUCCAUCUCCUUGCUCCACCCAUCCUGAAUCCCAUCGUUUACAGCAUGAAAACCAAAGUGAUCCGGAGACGGAUACUGAGGAUGCUCUGCCAGCGAGGGGUCUGCAAGUCCAGGGCUGCUAUUUUCCAGUAAAGUCAAUAUGAUGGCUACUGCCAACUGUCUUAUGUGAAGUUCAACCCCGAGGAAGACCAGCUGGGAGAGGGGAACAUGUCAAGCACUUCUGCCAAUGUAAGGAUACGGGGAAGGUAAAAGGUAUAUGGAAGGAGAAGGAUAGGUGCAAUGCAUUACCUGCAAUGCAAGACUGCAAGGAUAUCUGGUUAAAGGUUUCUCAGCAUAUAA